AUGGCUUCGGCCGAGCGCCUUCGGAAGGUGCGUGGGACAGUCAGGGCCAGCGUCUCACGAAAUAUUACGCUCCUGACAGGACUACUGCGGAACCCCGACACCGAGGCGCGCGAGGUCAACAGGCAAGUCGCCGUUUUGAAGAGCAAGGAAGCUGAGAUCCGCCAGUGGGAUAUAAAGAUCAUCGACGUUAUUGAAGACGAGGCACUUGACAAGGAACUCGAGGAUUCUGCAAAAUUCCUAGAGAAGGUCCUGGCUAUAUUCUACCUUGACGAGACUUGGGUGAAUGCUGGGCACACCAAGGAAAAGGUGUGGAAGGACGCCACUGUGUCGUCACGCGAGGACGCCUUCCGCAAGGGUCUCACAAGUGGGCUUCGAACACCGAGCGGCAAAGGUGGUCGGCUCAUUGUUUUCCAUGCUGGAAGCGAAAACGACUUCGUGGAUAGGGCAUCUCUCGUUUUCCGGGCAAAAAAGAGUGUUACCAGUGACUACCACAAUGAAAUGGAUGGCCCACGCUUUGAGAGAUGGUUCAAAGAGCAACUUUUACCAAACAUUGAGCCACGGAGCAUAAUUGUCAUGGACAGUGCUCCAUACCAAAGUGUUCAGCUCGAAAAGUUGCCUUCGACGUCGUCGCGCAUGGCAGAGAUACAGUCUUGGUUGACUCAAAAAAACAUCCCGUGGUCUAAUGACCAGUUGAAGCCCGAGCUAAUUCAGCUGGUUAACCAAAACAAGCACCGUUUUUCUGGAUACCGGAUUGAUGCCCCGGCCAAGGCUGCUGGUCAUGACAUUGUUCGGCUUCCUCAUUACCAUUGUGAAUUCAACCCUAUUGAAAUGGUAUGGAGCCAGGUCAAGGGGUAUAUUGCAGCCAACAAUAGGUCGUUCACUCUUGCUGGAGUCGAAGAUGAACUGCAGUAG